AUGAACCCAUCGGCCAGCGUGUCGACAGCCAACAAGAGCAGCUCCAGUCUGCUGCCUCUCACGCCGCAACAGACCAUUCAUGGACGAACAGACUGGCCGCUCCAUCAGAUCCAGACCUCCACUGCACCAGCAGCUGCCCAGGCGGCAGCUUACCAGCAGCACACGGAGAUGGUUCGGGAGCAGCAGCAGCCGAAGCACAUCCUGAAACAGGAGCAGACGGAGGGAACCUCUCAGCGCCGUCUCCCUUACAUCGUAGACAAGAGCCACCAGGAAAAGCAAACGCAGCAGGAUGUACACAAUUUAAGCCUGCUUGGCUAUCAGCUGAAGCCUAAAGGAGGGCGGCGGCGUUGGGGACAUGCAGCUGGACACGUUAAAGGAGAAGACUGGGACAACUACGAGGAGACUGAUCCGUCCUCCAUCAGUAUCCUUGGAAAACCUAACUUCUCAUCAGAGAAGUCGAGACAAGGAGACGACUCUCUGAGCAGGUUUGGAACUGUUCUGGAUUUCAGUCGACGCAGCGGAAAAGAAGAUGCACCUUUAAACCUGAACAAGACCGCAGCCUAUCAAGAGCCAUCAAGAACGGCCUCUGCCAAGCAGCAUUACCUGAGGCAGUCCAGAUAUCUACCUGGCAUCAGUACUAAGAAGAACGUAGCCAUGAAUGCCAGUAAAGAAUUCCCAGGAAGCCAUUUUUGUGGCAGCAGCAGUAUUGCGUUUGGAGGGACCCUGCCAAGCAGAGGAGCUCAUGGCACAAAUACGAUCCCAGGUGAUUACAUGCCAUCAUUUUACAAGAAAGACAACGGCUCAGUUGGUCACAGCAGAGGCCGUCAGGGUGUUUCCAUGGAAACAAAUUAUGCAACUUGGCGGUCUGGCCGGAGCCACAUGAACCCAUCGGCCAGCGUGUCGACAGCCAACAAGAGCAGCUCCAGUCUGCUGCCUCUCACGCCGCAACAGACCAUUCAUGGACGAACAGACUGGCCGCUCCAUCAGAUCCAGACCUCCCCUGCACCAGCAGCUGCCCAGGCGGCAGCUUACCAGCAGCACACGGAGAUGGUUCGGGAGCAGCAGCAGCCGAAGCACAUCCUGAAACAGGAGCAGACGGAGGGAACCUCUCAGCGCCGUCUCCCUUACAUCGUAGACAAGAGCCACCAGGAAAAGCAAACACAGCAGGAUGUACACAAUUUAAGCCUGCUUGGCUAUCAGCUGAAGCCUAAAGGAGGGCGGCGGCGUUGGGGACAUGCAGCUGGACACGUUAAAGGAGAAGACUGGGACAACUACGAGUUGACUGAUCCGUCCUCCAUCAGUAUCCUUGGAAAACCUAACUUCUCAUCAGAGAAGUCGAGACAAGGAGACGACUCUCUGAGCAGGUUUGGAACUGUUCUGGAUUUCAGUCGACGCAGCGGAAAAGAAGAUGCACCUUUAAAUCUGAACAAGACCGCAGCCUAUCAAGAGCCAUCAAGAACGGCCUCUGCCAAGCAGCAUUACCUGAGGCAGUCCAGAUAUCUACCUGGCAUCAGUACUAAGAAGAACGUAGCCAUGAAUGCCAGUAAAGAAUUCCCAGGAAGCCAUUUUUGUGGCAGCAGCAGUAUUGCGUUUGGAGGGACCCUGCCAAGCAGAGGAGCUCAUGGCACAAAUACGAUCCCAGGUGAUUACAUGCCAUCAUUUUACAAGAAAGACAACGGCUCAGUUGGUCACAGCAGAGGCCGUCAGGGUGUUUCCAUGGAAACAAAUUAUGCAACUUGGCGGUCUGGCCGGAGCCACAUGAACCCAUCGGCCAGCGUGUCGACAGCCAACAAGAGCAGCUCCAGUCUGCUGCCUCUCACGCCGCAACAGACCAUUCAUGGACGAACAGACUGGCCGCUCCAUCAGAUCCAGACCUCCCCUGCACCAGCAGCUGCCCAGGCGGCAGCUUACCAGCAGCACACGGAGAUGGUUCGGGAGCAGCAGCAGCCGAAGCACAUCCUGAAACAGGAGCAGACGGAGGGAACCUCUCAGCGCCGUCUCCCUUACAUCGUAGACAAGAGCCACCAGGAAAAGCAAACACAGCAGGAUGUACACAAUUUAAGCCUGCUUGGCUAUCAGCUGAAGCCUAAAGGAGGGCGGCGGCGUUGGGGACAUGCAGCUGGACACGUUAAAGGAGAAGACUGGGACAACUACGAGUUGACUGAUCCGUCCUCCAUCAGUAUCCUUGGAAAACCUAACUUCUCAUCAGAGAAGUCGAGACAAGGAGACGACUCUCUGAGCAGGUUUGGAACUGUUCUGGAUUUCAGUCGACGCAGCGGAAAAGAAGAUGCACCUUUAAAUCUGAACAAGACCGCAGCCUAUCAAGAGCCAUCAAGAACGGCCUCUGCCAAGCAGCAUUACCUGAGGCAGUCCAGAUAUCUACCUGGCAUCAGUACUAAGAAGAACGUAGCCAUGAAUGCCAGUAAAGAAUUCCCAGGAAGCCAUUUUUGUGGCAGCAGCAGUAUUGCGUUUGGAGGGACCCUGCCAAGCAGAGGAGCUCAUGGCACAAAUACGAUCCCAGGUGAUUACAUGCCAUCAUUUUACAAGAAAGACAACGGCUCAGUUGGUCACAGCAGAGGCCGUCAGGGUGUUUCCAUGGAAACAAAUUAUGCAACUUGGCGGUCUGGCCGGAGCCACAUGAACCCAUCGGCCAGCGUGUCGACAGCCAACAAGAGCAGCUCCAGUCUGCUGCCUCUCACGCCGCAACAGACCAUUCAUGGACGAACAGACUGGCCGCUCCAUCAGAUCCAGACCUCCCCUGCACCAGCAGCUGCCCAGGCGGCAGCUUACCAGCAGCACACGGAGAUGGUUCGGGAGCAGCAGCAGCCGAAGCACAUCCUGAAACAGGAGCAGACGGAGGGAACCUCUCAGCGCCGUCUCCCUUACAUCGUAGACAAGAGCCACCAGGAAAAGCAAACACAGCAGGAUGUACACAAUUUAAGCCUGCUUGGCUAUCAGCUGAAGCCUAAAGGAGGGCGGCGGCGUUGGGGACAUGCAGCUGGACACGUUAAAGGAGAAGACUGGGACAACUACGAGUUGACUGAUCCGUCCUCCAUCAGUAUCCUUGGAAAACCUAACUUCUCAUCAGAGAAGUCGAGACAAGGAGACGACUCUCUGAGCAGGUUUGGAACUGUUCUGGAUUUCAGUCGACGCAGCGGAAAAGAAGAUGCACCUUUAAAUCUGAACAAGACCGCAGCCUAUCAAGAGCCAUCAAGAACGGCCUCUGCCAAGCAGCAUUACCUGAGGCAGUCCAGAUAUCUACCUGGCAUCAGUACUAAGAAGAACGUAGCCAUGAAUGCCAGUAAAGAAUUCCCAGGAAGCCAUUUUUGUGGCAGCAGCAGUAUUGCGUUUGGAGGGACCCUGCCAAGCAGAGGAGCUCAUGGCACAAAUACGAUCCCAGGUGAUUACAUGCCAUCAUUUUACAAGAAAGACAACGGCUCAGUUGGUCACAGCAGAGGCCGUCAGGGUGUUUCCAUGGAAACAAAUUAUGCAACUUGGCGGUCUGGCCGGAGCCACAUGAACCCAUCGGCCAGCGUGUCGACAGCCAACAAGAGCAGCUCCAGUCUGCUGCCUCUCACGCCGCAACAGACCAUUCAUGGACGAACAGACUGGCCGCUCCAUCAGAUCCAGACCUCCCCUGCACCAGCAGCUGCCCAGGCGGCAGCUUACCAGCAGCACACGGAGAUGGUUCGGGAGCAGCAGCAGCCGAAGCACAUCCUGAAACAGGAGCAGACGGAGGGAACCUCUCAGCGCCGUCUCCCUUACAUCGUAGACAAGAGCCACCAGGAAAAGCAAACGCAGCAGGAUGUACACAAUUUAAGCCUGCUUGGCUAUCAGCUGAAGCCUAAAGGAGGGCGGCGGCGUUGAGGACAUGCAGCUGGACACGUUAAAGGAGAAGACUGGGACAACUACGAGUUGACUGAUCCGUCCUCCAUCAGUAUCCUUGGAAAACCUAACUUCUCAUCAGAGAAGUCGAGACAAGGAGACGACUCUCUGAGCAGGUUUGGAACUGUUCUGGAUUUCAGUCGACGCAGCGGAAAAGAAGAUGCACCUUUAAACCUGAACAAGACCGCAGCCUAUCAAGAGCCAUCAAGAACGGCCUCUGCCAAGCAGCAUUACCUGAGGCAGUCCAGAUAUCUUCCUGACAUCAGUACUAAGAAGAACAUAGCCAUGAAUGCCAGUAAAGAAUUCCCAGGAAGCCAUUUUUGUGGCAGCAGCAGUAUUGCGUUUGGAGGGACCCUGCCAAGCAGAGGAGCUCAUGGUAACAUCGUUGUAACCAUUACCUUGCUUUUCCACCGGGUGCGUAAUGUGGCGCAUAGUGUAAGCAGAGCGUGAUGAUGUCUUCCCCACAAACUCAGCAGCACGCACCUUCCCACCAGGAGCAUUUCAGGUAUGAAACUGCAGCGAAUGCUUUCCACGCUGUUGGUCCUGCAAGGUCACAAAAUCACCAGAGAAUUGCAAGACCGUUCAGGAUUUUGGCAGUUCACGCUAUAACGAGCAAAGAGAAGGACGGCGCAAUGUAUCAAUGUGAUUUAUUAUCUGUUCUGUUUACAGGUAAUGAUGUAGUUUUUUUUUUCAUUAUUCAGAGACUGGAAAUCUGCACACUUUUAUUUAGAAAUUUUAAGGAUGUUUUACACUGCUUCUGUGUUUGACUUCCUGUCUCUUCCGAACUGAAAGCGCAGCACCUUACUCUGAGUGAAUUUAGCGAAGCUGAACGUCACACUUCUGGGAUGCAUCCAAAACACGACGUGACGCUUCGCAGGCGGGGGAAACGGACCCAUUAACUCUAACGGUGGCUAAUUGCUGCGCACUACCUUUCGAGAACGUUAAGCAACAUUAACACAUCCGUGGAAAGGCCCCGUUACGACAUAUCACGGUCAGCAAGAUUCAACCUAACAU